AUGGAUAUUUCGUUUUAUCUUAAUUAUACUCGCACGGGUAAUAUUUGGCCUCAAACACCUGUCAGUUGUCUUUUUUGGUGGCUUGCAGCAACGGAUAUUUCAAAUAUGAUCAAUAUUCUUAUGGCAUGGACAUCAAUUGGACGGCAUAUUUUAGUAUUUCAUGAGCGAUGGUUAUUAACUAAGAAAGAACGUUUUUUUAUUCAUUAUUUUCCACUUUUAGCAAUUGCUCUCUAUGGUUUUAUUUAUUAUAUUGUCAUUCUUUUAAUAUAUUCACGUGACAAUAUGUAUGCAUUUACAGACAAUUGGUGUCUUUUUCCAUGUUAUUAUUAUGAUGAGAAUCUUGCUAUGUAUGAUACCGUAGUUAAUUCCAUUAUACCAACACCAAUAAUCACUAUUUUUAGUAUUGGAUUAAUUAUUCGUGUUAUUAAACGAAAACAAAAUCAUCAUCGAAGUAUUGAAUGGCGUAAUUGUCGAAGAAUAACACUACAACGUGUAUCUAUAUCAGCAAUGUUUCUUCUUCUUAAUCUUCCUAUGACCGGAACUGUUUUAGCUCAAGUAUGUGGGUUGCUGAAUGGUGCAGCUUGA